AUGGAAGCUAGAAAAAGAUUUAUGUCUAUUGAUCUAACUAAGCUUCCAGAUCCUCCAAGGCCAUCCUAUACUUUUACUCUUUUCAGUCGCGAUUUAUUUGAAAAGUCAAAGUACAAGAACUAUGACUCUUUACUUAAAAGUAAGCUAUCUCGUUCUCAAGCUAGAGUAAGUCAUUUGGCAUCAAUAUUUGGAAAUGGUAAUUCGAUUGGUGCAAACGGAAAUCUGACGAGUAAAAGUGCCGAUGUCAAGGUUCCGGAAACAACAAGUACACAUUACAUAAAUGGUGAGUAUGUUGCAUCUUUUACUAUUGGCGGUGAACAAAUUAAAAGUUACUUGCUAAUAGACACUGGCAGUGAUUUGAUUUGGUGGCAAUGUAAACCAUGUACGGAAGGGGAUGUUACGAUCAAGAUGAUCCUAUAUAUAAUGAAGAGUACUGGUGCGUGUGUCUACGAUGUGACAUACGCGGAUAAAUCAAGAACAAGAGGUUGGAUUGCGGAGGAUGUGAUUACUUUUGUUUUAGACCAAAAUCAGAAAAGAAUUCUUUUUGGUUGUGGAAAGGAUCAAACGAGCGGAGACGCGUCUUUUAGUCACGAAUAUGCUGGAAUUGCUGGCCUGGGGCGUAGAGUGUUGACUGGUGGAUAUUCAUUACCAUCGCAAUUUCUAGCAGACAUUAUGUCCAUGUGUCUACCGGGACUGUACUCUGGAAGUGCAACAAUUAGCUUCCACACAACGCCAUUUGAUCAAAGAAUAUCAGCAGAGAUAUUGCCAAAUCCCGCCUAUCCUUACUUAUAUUUCAUCAACCUUUAUAAACUUUUUAUUAACAAUAAGGAAAUCCCUCUGAACCCAUCAAUCAGGAAUUUUAGAAAUGACAUAGACGGUGGUCGCGUCGUGGAUACGGGAACAAUUCUUACGACUUUCCCUCGAGAUCUUUAUAAUGUAUUUCGUGAUACAUUCAGAAAAAAAGUACAAGACUUUCCUUUGGUUGAUGAUCCAACAGGAGGUUCCGACACUUGCUAUAAGGUGGAUCCAGGUGUUUCACCACAUUUUCCCAAUGUUUUGAUGUACUUCAGCAACGAAGACCUAGAUAAUGUGCUGAUACCGUCACAGCAGCGAGUCGUGUUUUUGGUUAGGGGGUUAUUCUGUCUGGCUUUGGUGCGUGGGAUGAACGCUUCACAAUUGUAG